GAUGUACAAAAAUCUGAAACAGAUGGAAAUUUUAUUUUUAUUGUAAAUUCCGUAAAGAUAAGAAAUACUUCAAAAAAUAAGGUCAUGGCCGAGAAACAAGAGGGGGCUCUCCCUACAGAACAUAAAAGUGAAAAAUCUGCUCCUACUGAGAAACAUGACAAAAAAGCUAAAAAGGAAAAGAAGGUAAAGAAAGAAGGAAAAGAGGGACAUCCGAAAGAUAAGACUGACAAGGCAGAUCCAAAUCAACCUCAGAAAAGUAAAGCAGAACUUAAGGCAGAAAGACGGGCAAAACAAGAAGCUCAGCGAGCUGCCAAACAAGAGAAGCUGGAAGCUGCUGGGGCGGGAGGUAAGAAGGAGGGUACUGCUGUAAACACCAAGAAAGACGCUUCAUCAUCCUCAGGAAAAGAAUCCUCUGCAGCAUCAACCGCUAAGAAGGAACCUAAGAGAGUUCCUGAUCAUCUGAAAGCUGACGAUGCAGAAACUCAAAAAAGGGUUGCUAAAAAGCUUGAAAAACAGCGACUUCCCCAGCGGACUGUAGCUCAGCGUAAAGUUCGUCUAUUUAACCAUCUCCAUCAGUACGAGAGAGAAGUCUCUCUCACAGAAUCAUUUUCUUUUUCUUCUGUGGGUAUACAUCCUGUUGUCAUCAAGCUUGGACUGCAGUAUGCGGAGGGAGUUAUAUGUGGGUCUAAUGCCCGCUGUCUGGCCAUGUUGGCGGCAUUCAAACAGGUUAUUCGAGACUAUACAACUCCUCCUCAGAAAGAGCUUUCAAGAGAUCUGGAGGCCAAGCUAAAGCCAUGCAUUACCUUCCUGAAUCAGUGUCGCUUGAUGUCAGUUAGUAUGGGAAAUGCUGUCAAACAUCUGAAACACCACAUCACGCACAUGCCCAAUAAUCUACAGGACCGAGAGGCUAAAGACAGACUAUUGGAUACUAUUGAUAAUUAUAUAAAGGAGAGAAUUCUUCUCUCAGCAGUAGCUAUUUCAAAGUAUGUCAAGGACGAGGAGAAGAUAAAAAAUGGUGAUGUUAUCCUUGUGUACUCAUGUUCAUCAAUUGUCCGUAGAGUACUCUGUGAUGCAUGGAAUCAAGGGAAGGAAUUUAAGGUCAUCGUCGUAGAUGCUAGACCUAAAAUGGAAGGUAAGGAGAUGCUAAGGAGACUUGUGAGAGCUGGUAUCCCAUGUUCCUACAUUUUGAUCAAUGCUGCUUCAUACGCAAUGCAAGAGGCCACCAAGGUGAUGCUGGGUGCACACGCCCUGCUGGCUAAUGGCUGUGUCAUGUCUAGGGUAGGAACCUCUCAGAUAGCUUUAAUAGCUAAAGCCUGUAAUGUCCCAGUCCUAGUGUGCUGCGAGACCUACAAAUUCUGUGAACGGGGGCAGACCGACUCCUUUGUAUAUAAUGAACUGGGUGACCCUGAUGACCUGGUAUCCAUUGGAAACAAGACUCCCUAUUUAAAUGACUGGAGAGACUACAGCCCCCUGACCCUGCUUAACCUAGUCUAUGAUGUGACCCCUCCAGAGUUCAUCUCCUUAGUGAUAACUGAACUUGGACUUAUUCCCUGUACCUCUGUUCCUGUUGUGCUUCGUAUGAAGCAAGCAGAAACAAAUGAAACCUGAGAAUUCAAAUUAAAUUAUGUAACAGUCAAAAAAGUUUGAUUUUUAUUUAUAGAUUGUAAUAUAUUUUAUGCAUU